AUGUAUUUCCAUGUACCAUGGUUUCUUUCCUUACAGCUGUUUUGCAAAACAGUUUCAAAGAAGGAGACAGGUUUCUUUGCCCUCCCAGGAAUGGGCACUUCCUUGAAUGCAGGAUUAAGUUUAAGGUACCAGUGUUCUUACAGCAUGGACUGUUUUCUGCCUGGAUCUGACAAGGUGACUCAGGCAGUAGAGCUCGACAGUGUUGGCAUCUCCCCUUUCCCAAGGACCUGCCUUCCCAAGGACCGACACGUCAGGCUCUGCCAUGGUGAGAGGAUGGUCUCCCUUUGUCUCCCGGAUCAGCGUUGCCUGGCGUUCAUUCUCAUAGGAUGGGAGAUGCAAUCAACAAAUCUGGCAACAUCUGGAAGGAGCAUGAUUAUAGAGUCAGUUUCUUCCAAGGAAUCACCCAUUGUGAAGGGCUUCCCUCCUCCUGCAGUAAUCACAGGCUCGGGGAACUGCUCAGUAACCGAACUGAUCUGUCCAUGUUUACAAUCAACAAACCCCCAACCAGCCUUCAACUUUCACGUCACAUGA